UCGCUGGUGGUCAGCGUUGGUCUGUACACUUCUUCCCGAGAGUACAGUGGAGACACUUGUUGGAGCUCUCUGCCCCUCGCUCAUCCUUAGGCCUUUUAUUCUCCAGCAACCGUUGGAAUCCUAUUUUAAGAUGUGUAUUUUAGUCCUUCGUAAUGAAUCACCCUUGACGGGUAUUCGUGGACGCUUGGACAGUAGACUACAAAAUGUAUUUAAGAGACAAAAGUUAUUUAACUUCGAAGAGUCCAUAGGAUUGUUAGAACCAGGGCAGCUACUCCAAACCAUGGAAGGUUUUAAAAGUAUUAAAGGCAUAAGUCUUGAAAAGACAAGAAUGGAAGGAAAUAUUUUAGAAAAUUGCUUACUGACACAAACUAAUAAAAUUGAAGAUGAAUCUACAAAGAAUAACUUGAAUGCAGUCCAUCGUGCAGAUAAUUGCGACUACAGAGAUAUGAUGGAAAGUGGCCUGGAGACACGCUACGCGUACCCAAGUGAACUACUUAACACCUGGAAAAACGAUAUCCAGGUUUGGCAGGAUGCAGAAUCGAUGUCGUCUCGGAACGACGCGUCUAGGUGUUGGCUGGAGUCCGUUUCAGGCCUCGACCCUGACGACUGGCAUGAUGCUGACGAAGACGCGUACGGUGAAGUUGAAGUGCGUGAUAAUUUGGUUCCUGGACAGAACACGAGCACUAAUCAGCUGUUAGAUGCUGAGGCCUCCGGUGCUGGGGCCUCUGGUGGUGGUGCUGGGGCCACUGGUGCCUGUGGUGCUGGGGCCACUGGUGCCUCUGGUGGUGCUGGGGCCACUGGGUGCCUCUGGUGCUGGGGCCACUGGUGCCUCUGGUGGUGCUGGGGCCACUGGUGGUGCUGGGGCCUCUGGUGUGCUGAGGCCUCCGGUGCUGGGGCCUCUGGUGCUGGUGCCUCCGGUGCUGGUGCCUCUGGUGGUGCUGGGGCCACUGGUGCCUCUGGUGGUGCUGGGGCCACUGGUGCCUCUGGUGGUGCUGGGGCCACUGGUGCCUCUGGUGGUGCUGGGGCCACUGGUGCCUCUGGUGGUGCUGGGGACACUGGUGCCUCUGGUGGUGCUGGGGACACUGGUGCCUCUGGUGCUGGGGCCACUGGUGCUGGGGCCUCCGGUGGUGGUACUGGGGAUUCUGGAACUUCGGGGGGCGAUGCCGGGGCCCCUGGACCUGGGGAGGCUGGCGCCGGGGCCCCUGGACCUGGGGAGGCUGGUGCCGGGGCCCCUGGAGUACUCGCAAAGAAUAAGAAACAUGCAAAGGCGGAUAACCCAGCUGCCUUGCAAAAGCGGGAGGAAACUCUCUCGACUGUGUCAACGAAGCCUGGAAAGUCUGAUAGACGCAAGCGUGGUCGUAAGCGACGAGUUCGGCGCCCGACUGUUGCUGCCGCGCCUGCGGCCGGGGACGCUGCUGGGCCUCUGGCAGAGGAUGGGGACGCCGCCGGGCCUCUGGCCGGGGAUGCCACUGGGUCUCGGGAGCGGCACGCCGCCGGGCUUCUGGCCGGGGAUGCCGCUGGGUCACGGGGCAGGGAGCCGCAUAUGACUGGUCCUGUAGUCGCAGAUCGGUACCCCUGUGCUCCCUUGACAACCGGCGUGGUGGAUUGUUCUCCUGUUAGUCACCCGAGUGUUGCCAGGCCAGCGAGCCGGAAGCGGCACGCCGCCAGGCCUUUGGCAGAUGAUGGGGACGCCGCCGGGCCUCUGGCCGAGGAUGGGGACGCCGCCGGGCGUCUAGCCGGGGAUGCCACUGGGUCUCUGGGCAGGGAGUGGCACACCGCUGGGCCUCGCAUCAGGGAGCGGCACAUGACUGGUCCUGUGGUUGCAGAUCGGUACCCCUGUGCUCCCUUGACUACCAGCGUGGUAGAUUGUUCUCCUGUUAGGCACCCGAGUGCUGCCGGGCCUGGGAGCCGGAAGCGGCACGCUGCCAGGCCUCUGGCCGAGGAUGGGGACACCGCCGGGCCUCUGGCCGAGGAUGGGGACACCGCCGGGCCUCUGGCCGAGGAUGGGGACACCGCCGGGCCUCUGGCCGAGGAUGGGGACACCGCCGGGCCUCUGGCCGAGGAUGGGGACACCGCCGGGCCUCUGGCCGAGGAUGGGGACGCCGCCGGGCCUCUGGCCGAGGAUGGGGACGCCGCCGGGCCUCUGGCCGAGGAUGGGGACGCCGCCGGGCCUCUGGCCGAGGAUGGGGACGCCGCCGGGCCUCUGGCCGGGGAUGCCACUGGGUGUCGGGAGCGGCACGCCGCUGGGCCUCGCAUACGGGAGCGGCACAUGACUGGUCCUGUGGUUGCAGAUCGGUACCCCUGUGCUCCCUUGACACCCGGCGUGGUGGAUUCUCCUGUUAGGCACCAGAGUGCCGCCAGGCCUGGGAGCCGGAAGCGGCACACCGCCGAGCCUUUGGCAGAGGAUGGGGACGCCGCCGGGCCUGGGAGCCGGGAGCGGCACACCGCAGAGCCUUUGGCAGAUGAUGGGGACGCCGCCGGGCCUCUGGUUGGGGAUGCCACUGGGUCUCGGGGCCGGGAGCGGCACGCCGCUGGGCCUGACAUUAGGGAGCGGCAUAUGACCGGUCCUGUAGUCGCAGAUCGGUACCCCUGUGCCCCCUUGACACCCGGCGUGGUGGAUUCUCCUGUUAGGCACCAGAGUGCCGCCAGGCCUGGGAGCCGGAAGCGGCACGCCGCCAGGCCUGAGAGCCGGGAGCGACCCGCUGCCGGGCCUGGCCUGGCACCAGGUUUGGGGGAUUUCUCUCCAGGUAACAGCACUCAGAGCAGUGCCUCUCAAUCCUUUACACCUUUACAAAUAAUAGAUUAUUAUGUAGAGAUAAUUAUGAGACAAUCUUCUGCUAGGAACAUUUUAUUCAAUGAUGAGGCUCGGGCUCCUGUCGUGCCUGAGCAAGCGUCUACACCACAAGAGCCAUUAAUGGAUAGAACUCCACCUUCACAAACCAGUGACUCGUUGUCCAGUCAGCAUUGGCAUUGGCGCUCACGCCUCCUCUUCGUGACUCUGUUGCUCAUUGGAGGACCAGUACCAUUGCCAAGUCCUCCACUACUAGAGUAUUCAGAUUCUAGUGUAGAUGAUUAGAGGCCACAGCCCAAGAAAAUGAACUAUGCUAGAUGGAAUAAACGGUGAUCUUCCUGUGGCUAAAGUUCUUAACUGCUGAAGUGCAUAAAAAAGUUUUGUUUCGCCUGAGCAAUGAAUUGCCAAAGAAAAGCUUCAAUAGUGAUGUUCCAGAUAAAUUUACUGGAAAUUACUGGUAUAAUAAACGGCCAAGUACCUGCCAUCGGUUCUUGAGACUUCAUGUAACACUGGCCGUUUGUGGGAGAACUUGAUGCUGCAAGAACUUCAGAUGGACAAAACUUACCAAGUCUGUGGCAUUGGAGAACGUGAUGCCUGUCAAGGCAGAUUUUCUUUGUUGGUUUGGAGAAGGGAACUUGGUAUAAACACAUGAUUGGCUCAGAAGAAAGAUUUUGAAAAAUGGCUAGACGCCAUAGUUAUCAAAACUUUCAAACCUAGUAGGAUCUCCAAUAAGACUAAUCGACAAGAUUUUAAGAGCUCGUGCUUGACAUUUUAUUGGUAUUUUAUUGUAAAGUGAACCCAAAGUAGGAUUCAGAUUUUUAAUUUUAACAUUUGUUAACCUCUCCCUCCUUAGCACUUUAAGGGUUUAAGUGUAAUGUGUCACUGGGGCAAUAGGGAAGUAUGUGGACAAAUGGGCAGUUUAGAGGCUAAAAAGCCUUUUCUAGCCUAAGGUGUGGAGGAAGAACUUAAACUAUAACUCGUGCCUCUUCCACAGGUCAUUUUAACUGUAUUUGGCAUCUUGAGUGUCUUUAGUGUCCAUUAUCUGGCAUUUGGGAGUUUAUACAUUUUGCCCAAAUGCAUGAAGGAGAAAGACAGUGGUUCGACUGUUCAUAUUUUAAAUACAGCAAUAACCUUCAUAUUUUAAAUACAGCAAUGCUGUUCCUAGAAAAAAUACAUUACAUUGUGUAAUUUUAGUCCGCUCAAAUUUCUCUUGCUAUCAUGUAUUUUAGUAACUUGUUUUACCAAUUACCUUUAAAAAUACUGAAUUAUUCGGAUAUAACAAGGUUUUUAAGUGCACUAUAGUCUAGCAUGCGCUUCCUGCCGCACGGUACAAUGUGAUUCACAACCCUGUCGGGUCACAUAAAGGAACUAGUAGAUUCCUGCUCUAAGGUCUUAAUCAGACAUAAUUAUUCUCUACAUGGUUUCCAGGGUUCCUUGUGAGCAGACAAUGUAUUUGUGAUGUCAUGUUAGUCAUGGUUUAGAAAGCAUUGUAAAAUGUACUUUUGUAAUUGCUACACAUUGCUGGCUGGUAUAGUGUAGAUAUAAAUUGAUUUAGAAUGUAAACAUCAUAGUCUAUAGCAUUGACGGCCGGCAUGUAGCCAGCAGACCUGUAAGUGCUUCACUAAAAUUCUUUGCGUUAGAUUAAAGUAAAACAUCAAAUACCUUUUCAAAGUAUGAUGGAAGACUACUUAAUUCUAGUCUUCUAUGGUCGAUGCUGGUAGAUAUUGUACUUAUUGAAAUACGUCGGCUAAACUUGUGAAUAUAGAGUAAAUGUGCAAAUCUCUAGUGAGUGGUCAUCUACUAGGCAGACUAAUGUGAAAUGUUUAGUAGAAAUUGAGAGUUGUGCCAAUACUGAAAUGGAACAAGAAUUUAUAGUUGACUUUAUUGGUAGAGCAAAUUGUUUGAUCUUGUACGCUGGUCUUUUAAAUUUUUAAUUAUUAAAUUUUUAGUUUAAGAGUGCCUUGAGCUGCUCUAAAAAUUACCUUUGUUACAAAUGUACAAGUGCCAGAACAUUUAUUUACUUUAUGUACUUCGAAAUAAAGUACUUUACAGAA